AUUCUUAAAGAAAGGCACUUAAAAGCAGACAGUAUAAAAUAAGGGAAUUAUUAAUAGCACUGUUAAAAAUAAAUACCAGUGCUAAAAAUAGAACAGUUUAAGCAUGAACCAUAAAAAGUUAUUUAUAGCGAGCAUCUAAACGUGUAGAUAUUGAUUUAACAUAGUGUGUGUGUAUAUAGAGUGACCUGUUAUUCACAAAUAUAUUGGAUUUUAAAGUGAACUGGAUUUAUACUAAUAUCCUUUGUUGGAGUGCCUCGAUACGGACGGGGGAAUUUACAAGAACAGAACAGAACAGAACAGAUAGCAAGUAUUUUCUACAUGGGGAAGGAAUGAACUUAUGACUGAAACUGUCUGGCAAAUCAACAGUUGUUGUUUGAAAAAUAGACUCGAUUCGGUUUAUUAGGGCCAGGCCCACUGUUUGUUUUAUACUUCAUGAAGUUUUUCGAACAGUGCGUACUUGUGGAAAAUGACCUUAUUUCCAUUCCGACAUCCAUUAGCCUUUUUGUCAGUCUUUCUGACUGUCAGUUCAAGUGAUUAUGUUGAGGAAAAGCCUUGUUCCAGAUUUGAUUUUGAUCAUAAACUGCUUGAAAGCCUCGUGCGAUUGGAACACUCGCAUACAGCCAUGAGAGAAGAAAUGGAAAAAUUGAAAAGCAGUACUAGGAAAAUACCUCCGGUUGAAAAUCAAGCAUCAACUGGAGGUACUUAUGUGCGCUGGGGAAGAACCGUGUGUCCUGAAAAUGCAACGAUCACCUAUAAAGGAUAUGCUGGUGGAUCAUUGUAUUCAGAUCCAGGGUCAGCCUCGAAUUACUUGUGUUUACCGGAAGACCCACAAGCGAGCGAGAAAACUAAAGAUGACAAUACUCGUGGAAGUAUUGGAGCCCGUGUUUAUGGAGCAGAGUAUCAAAUGGAAAACUUCUUUAGUGGUAAUAUACUUCAGGAUGACGUUCCAUGUGCAGUGUGUGAGUCUGAACGUUCAAAAAUAUUGAUGAUACCGGGAAGGACAACGUGUUAUGACGGCUGGAGUACUGAGUACAGCGGACUUCUUUCUGCGGGUCAUUUCAGUCAUGCGGCAGCUUCAGAGUUCGUUUGCCUAGAUGAAAACCCGGAAGUACUUUCGGGAGGCGCUGCAAACGAAAAUGGGAAGCUGUUCUUCCUAGCAGAAGCGAGGUGCGGCUCCUUACCAUGUCCACCGUAUGUUGAUGGUAGAACAUUGACAUGUGUCAUCUGUUCUAAGUAGCCAUCAUUGUAUAAAAGAAAUGUUAAUUUAUGUUGAGAGUUAGAGCAGAAUUAUGCUGACUACGUUUACGAAGAAGCAUGCAUACUAAAUAUGUACCAAUAUAAUAGGACUUUCAAAAACAAUAAAAGCAUUUAGGUCAUCAUUAUGUCUUGAUCAUCAUGACUUAUGAUUUUAGAUUCAUUUUAUCAACCAAAUUCUGUCUGCUUUGCCACAGAAUGAAAUUUUAUUUAUCCCCCCGCCAAAGGCGAAGGGGAUAUUAGAAAUGCUCUCCGUCCGUCCGUGCGUGCGUGCGUGCGUGCGUCCGCAACGAUCUUUGUCCGGAGCAUAACUCCAAAAGUACUGGAGGGAUUUUCUUCAAACUUCAUACACUGAUAGAACACAUUGGGAGGAAGUGCAGUGUACAAGAACAAUAACUCUACCUUGCCUAUUUUUUGAGUUAUUCCCCUUUAUCUUAUUUUCUUAAAAAAUUUUGUCCGGAGCAUAACUCCAAAAGUACUGGAGGGAUUUUCUUCAGACUUCAUACACUGAUAGAACACAUUGGGAGGAAGUGCAGUGUACAAGAACAAUAACUCUACCUUGCCUAUUUUUUGAGUUAUUCCCCUUUAUCUUAUUUUCUUAAAAAAAUUUGUCCGGAGCAUAACUCCAAAAGUACUGGAGGGAUUUUCUUUAAACUUCAUACACUGAUAGAACACAUUGGGAGGAAGUGCAGUGUGCAAGAACAAUAACUCUACCUUGCCUAUUUUUUGAGUUAUUCCCCUUUAUCAUAUUUUCUUAAAAAAAAUUGUCCGGAGCAUUUCUUCUUCAUGCAUAGAGGGAUUUUGAUAUAACUUGGCACAAAUGUUCACCACCACGAGACAGAAUGUCAUGCGCAAGAUCCAGGUCCCUAGGUCUAAGGUCAAGGUCACACUGAGAGGCCAAAGGUCAGAUACAAGAAUGACAUUGUCCGAAGCAUUUCUUCUUCAUGCAUGGAGGAAUUUUGAUGUAACUUGGCACAAUUAUACACCAUCAUGAGACGAAGUGUCAUGCGCAGUUCCCUUCUUUAGAAUUACCUCCCUUUGUUGUUACUUUAAAUAGCUUUUAUUGUAACUUUUUUAUUACUUGUCGUAGGGAAAAAUCGAGACAACUUUUCUGUAGUACAACAUGCAUGCUACAUCCAAUUUUGAGGUGUAUUUUGACCAAUCUCUACCUGGUAAAGAUUUUUUUGUGGACUUGCAAUUUUUUUUUUUUUUUUUUUUUUUUUUUAAGAUUAACUCCCCUUAGUUGUUACUAUAAAUAACUUAUAUUGUAACUUUUUUAUAAUUGACCGUAGGGAAAAAACAAGACCACUUUUCUGUGGUACAACAUGGAUGUUACUUUCCAAUUUUACGUGUAUUUUAAGAUAUCUCUACCUGGUAAGGAGUUUUUUGUGGACUUAGAAAAACAAAAGACUUACAAUGAUUACUAAACAACCACAAAAUUAAAAUUCCAUUUGCAAAUACAGCUGCUAGAGUAAAGAAAUUUGCUGUGACGGGCAUAUAUUGUGACAUUCUGGCACUCGUGUUCCCUGUUAGCUUUCCAUUCCUUCUUUUUACAGUAGCCAUAUAGAAAAACAUCAUAGCUAUACUGUUCAUGAAAAUUAAUAAAAUUUAGCAGUAAACCACCUCACCACUGACUUAUUCUUUCUUUCACAUCUUUAAAACCCCUGAUGCGGACCACAACUAAAUGGUUCUUCAAAGCUUUCCCCAAAACAUACUUUCAGACACUAACUUACCAGGAACUUUAGCCUUCAAUUAUAAUAUGCCCGGCGGGGGGAUUGGCCAUGUCUAACAUGGCUCUUGUUUUCAUUAGAUAUUGUUUAAACAUGUCGCACUGAUUUUAUUCCUGUAGUUUAUCAAAUUUUAUGUGAUUGUUUGUUGAUAUCAGAUAUUUUGUAAGAACUUCAACAAGGUUAAUAAUACGAAAUUUCUACUUUCUCUGUUUUAAUUGCUGUAAUGUUAACAAAUGUUUCUGCAUGCAUAAGAAGAUGAAUAAUUGUUUAACUUUUGUUGUUUUAAAGCGGGAGUUUAAGCUACUCCCAUUCCUUUUUUGUUCUACACCGACAUAUUAAUAAUUUCAUUUAUAUUUCUACAUUAUGUAUACAAUAAUUUUUAUAAGUGUGCAUCCACUAAUAAAAUGUCUGGCAAAGUGGUUUUUCCAUCCCAUCAAACAUGUUGUGUAAAUAUUUUUGUAUAUAAACGGUUCGCUUUU